AUGCAGCUGUUUAGUGAAGACAGAUUUAAAAUUUCAUCUAAUUUUGAUCUCUGUGAUAAUCGGAGAUACCUGAACAAUCGACAGCAAGCACCAACUGGCACGGAUGAUUUCAGCUACGAUGGGAUGAGCUUGCGGGCAUUGUUCUGGUCGCGCCUUGCUGUGGGUGUUUUGUUUGUCGUAUUUUUUAUUGUAUAUGUUGUACAACAUAAAAAGUAUCGCAGUGACUAUGCUUAUCUGGCUGAUAAGUAUUCAAAAUUGGUGACGCAUUCCGAUGGUUUAAGCGCACAACUACAGCGUGAGUUUGUUUGA